UUUUGACUUUGCUUUCCACUUCCUCCCCCCGUGGCAAGUGGCAGGAUGGCGGCCGUCCUUCUCGAGUAGCCUUCCGCCAAUUCCAACUUUGUUUUCUUGCGCUUUUCUCAAUUACAAAUAUGUCGGCCGCGCUUUUCCUGAAAAGCUCGGCGAAGAGGCUGCGGUUGGACGCGUUCCGCCGGCCCGCCCGCGGCUCGUACCACACCGAGCGAGGCGUCUACGGGUACCGACCCAAACGGACGCACGCCGAGGACGAGUUACUGAGCGACCGCAUCGCAGCUUUAAAUCAAGAUCACGGCCUGGCCCGCCUGGUGGAGGCGUACCGAGCCCAUGGACACAAGCUGGCCAAAAUUAACCCCCUGCUGCCCCAAAAUCCCGUGGUGGGCCGCGUCCCCGAAAUCAGCAUGCUCACGGAGACCCUCAGGGGACAACUCAAUACCUCAGGGCUGCGCCACCUGGGCAAGGCGGAGGCCUCGGCGGAGGAGGUCCGGGCCUACCUGGAGGAGGCCUACUGCGGCCACCUGUCGCUGGAGACCGCUCAGCUGAGCGGCGCCGACGAGAGGGAAUGGACGGCCGACCGCUUCGAGGAGCUCAAGGCCGCCGACUUCUCGGCGGACGAGAGGAGGAAGCUGGCCGAGCUCAUGCUGGAGUCUCAGGAAUUUGACCGUUUCCUGGCCACCAAAUUUUCCACGGUGAAACGUUACGGCGGAGAAGGAGCGGAGAGCAUGAUGGGCUUCUUCCACGAGCUUUUCCGCCACUCGGCCCGGAACGGCGUCGCCGACGUGGUCGUAGGCAUGCCGCACCGGGGACGACUCAACCUCCUGACCGGCCUGCUCAAGUUCCCGCCGGAGCUGAUGUUCCGCAAGAUGCGAGGCCUCAGCGAGUUCCCCGACGGGUCGCCCGCCAUCGGGGACGUCCUGUCCCACCUGACGUCCUCGGUGGACUUGGACUUGGGCUCGGGGCUCUCCGUCCACGUCAGCGUGCUGCCCAACCCGUCCCACCUGGAGGCCAUCAACCCCGUGGCCCAGGGCAAGACGCGGGCCAGGCAGCAGCUCCUGAAGGAGGGCGACUACUCGCCCGACGACCACGCCCAGCCGGGCGACCGGGUCAUCUGUUUGCAGGUCCACGGCGACGGCUCUUUCCCCGGCCAGGGCGUCGUCCCGGAAACGUUGACCCUCUCCAACCUUCCUCACUACAGAGUAGGUGGAAGCAUCCACCUGAUCGUCAACAACCAAGUGGGCUACACCACGCCGUCCGAGAGGGGGAGGUCGUCUCUGUACUGCAGCGACGUCGGGAAGAUGGUGAACUGCGCCGUGAUCCACGUGAACGGCGACCACGCCGAGGACGUGCUGCGGGCCGCUCGGCUGGCGGCGGAGUACCAGCGCCGCUUCCGCAAGGACGUCAUCGUGGACCUCAUCUGCUACCGCCAGUGGGGCCACAACGAACUGGACGAGCCUUUCUUCACCAACCCGGCCAUGUACAAGAUCAUCCGCUCCCGCCAGAGCGUCCCCGACUCCUACUCGGACCGGCUCAUCUCCGAGGGCUUGAUGACCGAGGCCGAGCGAAACCGGAUCAAGGCGGACCACUUCGGCUCUCUCAACGACAAGCUGGCCAACAUGAUGGUGUACAGCCCCCCGCCCGCCAACCUGCAGGGCCGCUGGGGGGGGCUGGCCGAGCCCCAGGCCCGGGUCACCUCCUGGGACACGGGCGUCCCCGUGCCGCUGCUGCAGUACGUCGGGGCCAAGUCCGUCGAGGUCCCCGAGCACGUCCGGCUGCACGGCCACCUCCUCAAGACCCACGUGCAGGCCCGACGGCAAAAGCUGGAAGAGGGAACCAAAUUGGACUGGUCCACGGCAGAGGCCCUGGCUUUCGGCUCGCUCCUUUGCCAAGGCUUCAACAUCCGUAUCAGCGGGCAGGACGUGGGACGCGGCACCUUCAGUCAGCGCCACGCCAUGGUGGUGUGCCAAGACACCGACGACACCUUCGUUCCCCUCAACCACAUCGGCCCCCGGCAGACGGGGCUCCUGGAGGUUUGCAACAGCCCGCUGUCCGAGGAGGCGGUCCUCGGCUUCGAGUACGGCAUGAGCGUGGGCCAGCCCGAUCUCUUGCCCGUCUGGGAGGCUCAGUUCGGAGAUUUCUUCAACGGCGCUCAGAUCAUCUUUGACACGUUCAUCUCCGGAGGAUUGCAUAAAUGUGCCGAGUGCACUCAGACGUCAACGCUCGCUCGCUCGCUCGCUCGCUGUUUUCCAGGCGAGGCCAAGUGGCUCCUCCAGAGCGGCCUGGUGAUCCUGCUGCCUCACGGCUACGACGGAGCAGGACCCGAACACUCCUCCUGUCGCGUGGAGCGCUUCCUGCAGAUGUGCGACAGCAAGGAGGAGGGCGUGGACGGCGACACGGUCAACAUGGCCGUGGUCAACCCGACCACCUCGGCUCAGUACUUCCACCUGCUCCGGCGCCAGAUGAUCCGCAACUUCCGCAAGCCUCUCAUCGUGGUCGGCCCCAAGACGCUGCUUCGAUUUUCCGGGGCCGCGUCCAGCUUGACGGAGAUGGCGCCGGGGACCUGUUUCAAAGCCGUGUUGGGGGACACGUCGGCCUCGCCCGAAAACGUCCAGAGGGUGGUGCUGUGCUCAGGGAAGCACUACUACGCCCUGCUGAAGCAGAGGGACGCAGAACCCGCAGCCAAGCGGGACUCGGCGCUGAUCCGCUUGGAGGAGCUGUGUCCGUUCCCGCUGGACGCGCUCCAAGCGGAACUGGGCAAGUACCCCAACGCUAAAGAGUUCAUCUGGAGUCAGGAGGAGCCCCAGAACAUGGGCCCGUGGUCCUUCGUGGCCCCCAGGUUCGAGAAGCAGCUGGCCCGCAAGCUGCGCUUAGUGAGCCGCCCCGCCCUGCCGGCCCCCGCCGUGGGCAUCGGCACCCUCCACCACCAGCAGCAAGAGGCCCUCCUCGCCGCCACCUUCUCCUAAAACGCAAAAAGCAGACUCGGCUCUUCCUCGCCCCGUCAGCUGUGAACCUCUUCGGACGUCGACGGGUGGGAGGAGGCGACAAAUUGGUACGGCGCCUCGGAGGUCCGAUCAUCCUGCGCGUCAUCACGUCGCGCCGCCUUGAUGAAAUGUGGGACUUGUGACACAUGCUGCUCGUUAAAUUGAACAAAUCAUUUUUCUUUUCUACACAUCACAAAUCGGCGGCGGGCAAGUGCUAACCUCACCAAAUGCGUGACUCGCCCCGGACGGUACAGAAAAAGAUGGAUGUGACAUUUGAAUAACCAAUAAUAACAAUAACUGCAGGCGUGAGUCCCGGGGAUGGUCCAGUCGGGGCCUUGAAUUGAGGUCCUGCCCAAUGACAACAGGGAGAUUUGAAAAAGUUGACAGCUAUAUCGUUUUAUUUGUAGAUGUCAUAUAUGGAUAGACAUUGAUCUUUGUUUCACAUUGUAAAAAAAAAAAAAUAAUAAUAAUCAAAUUGUUUUGGUCAAAUGUGGUGCGGUGCAGUGGAGCCCAAUGAAAACUGACGAGCAACAAAAACAUGCAAGUACUUUUACUAUACUAUUAUUAUGAUACUAUUUUACCUAACUCAGCGGAACCAGCAUGUGACAUCAUGGUUAUGGCAUUAUCAUGACUCUGACAUCAUCACCCGCUGUCCAUUACUUCAACAGUUUGUACAAUACAAAAAAAAAAAAAAAAAAAGUCCAAAAUUGAGACGCUUCGGACAUCUCCGCGGACGCCAAGUGGAGGAUGGCAAAUCCUGCAGUGGAAGGAAGAGACGUGUUGGUGGCGCCAGUGCGCCGUUGGCUGCUUUGCCGCCCAUCACGCACCACAGAAGAAGAAAAAAAAUCCAUACAUUAGCUGUGCGCUUGUUGCCGUUUCGGGUUUACGUGGGAAGCAAACAUUUUGAAACAGUGCAGUCGUGCUGUACAUUUUUUCGUAAGGAAACAUUUCAGUUAAUUGACAGGAGGGGAACUCUCCUUUUGCUCAACCUGAACAUAAGUAAAUUUGGCAGUGACGUCAUGGCCCACGCACUCGAUGUUUUUCCACAACUCUUAACUUGUUUUUAAUAACGCUCUCGCAUUAAGAAUAACGAAGUUGCCAAACAAUCGCGAUGACUGUACCCAAUAG